UAACGGUUUUUUAAAAUUUGAAAUUUAUUAAUCUUUGAUUUUUUGACAACACAUUUUGGAUCUAGAUAAAUUUUGUUAAUUUUGUAACAUUCACGUCGUUUUAAUUAAACUAAUUGGUGUAUAAAGGAAGAUAACAAAGCAAAGAAUAGCCUCAGAAUUUAAAGUUUAAAAACGUUCAAAGAAGACAAUCAAUAAAACAAUGGACUUAACCAACAGCAACAACGGAAUUUUUAAUAAUGAAGCAGGUCCAUCAACAUCAAAAUCUGCUCAAUUGUCACCUAAAGAUACUCUGCAAACUGAUGAAAUGACAGCAAAUGAAAUUUUUAAAUCUAUCGAAGAACUAGAACUGAAAGAAAAAUUAAAUCGUGAUAAUCUACAAGCCAGUAGAGAAGAAACGCUUAAAAUCUUUCUGGAAACUCAAAAAAUUCUCAAUGAUGUUUUGGCGUUUAAGAACGACAUGGAACAUAAAGUUCAAGAUAUUACAGCCACGAUAAACAGUAUUAAACCAAUUCCGGAUUUUGAUGACAUUAUGACAUUAGUGGAUCUGAAAGAUAUUAAGUCAAAAGCUAAAAAACAAGGCAAAAAGUCAAACAAGUUUAAUUCUUGAAAUAUAAUAGAGCUUUUUUUAUUUUUUACUUUCUAUGCAUCUUUUUCAUUCUUUCUUUC